GUGGAAUAAACUCGCAUGGUGAAAUAUUUUGAGUCGUUUUCAGCUUUUGGUCAACACCUACCAACUGGAUCAGCUGAAAGAGUAAUAAUAUUAAUGAAUCCUUAUCCAUUUAAACGUGAAGCGAUUGAAUCUGAGAUUCGAUCUAUUUUUCGUGCUUCCACCUCUGAUAGAGAGAAAUAUACGAUGGCUGGGAUUGGAUCGGAAUGGUUGGAUUCAAGGUUAAUCCGAAUGGUUGUGAUUGGUCUUCUCCUUAUUGCUUCGGUGUUUGUUUCGGCAAAAGAAAGCUCGGAGCAAGAAGCUUCAAAUUACAAUUGGAAAGUAUUGAAUAUUUCCUUAUGGCAACCGGGUCGAUUGGGUUACCAACAUGUUUGGCCGGCUAUGGAGUUUGGCUGGAAAAUUGUAGUCGGUACCAUAAUAGGAUUCUUUGGAUCAGCUUUUGGAAGUGUGGGAGGAGUUGGUGGGGGUGGCAUUUUUGUUCCUAUGCUCACCCUCAUCAUUGGGUUUGAUGAGAAAUCUUCAACAGCUAUGUCAAAAUGUAUGAUCAUGGGUGGAGCUGGUGCAACUGUUUUCUACAAUUUAAGGCAAAGGCAUCCUACACUUGAUCUGCCAAUCAUUGACUAUGAUCUUGCGCUUCUGUUUCAACCAAUGUUGAUGCUGGGAAUCAGUAUUGGAGUUGCCUUCAAUGUGAUUUUUGCUGAUUGGAUGAUCACAGUCUUGUUAAUUAUCAUCUUCCUAGUAACUUCAACUAAGGCAUUCCUCAAGGGUGUUGAAACAUGGAAAAAGGAAACCAUAACUAAAGAGGAAGCUGCUAGAUUCCUUCAAUCAACAGGUAGUGAUGUUGAAGAGGUCAUAUACAAACCUUUACCUGGAGGCCCAACGAUUAAUGGCACUCAACCAGAGACCAAGGACUCUGAAAAGCAGAACGUCUCUAUUCUUGAGAAUAUUUACUGGAAGGAAGUUGGACUUCUUUUUGCUGUCUGGAUCAUUAUCCUUGCACUGCAGAUUUCAAAGAAUUACACAACUACUUGUUCAGUGGCAUACUGGGUAUUAAACCUAUUGCAGAUCCCAGUAACUUUUGGAGUAACUUCAUAUGAAGCUGUUAAUCUGUACAAAGGACGGAGAACCAUUGCAUCAAAGGGAGAAGAUGGCACAAAUUGGCGAGUGCACCAGCUGGUUCUUUAUUGUGCAUGUGGCAUCUUAGCUGGCAUUGUGGGUGGGUUGCUUGGUCUUGGUGGAGGAUUCAUUUUGGGUCCACUUUUUCUUGAACUGGGAGUCCCUCCUCAGGUGUCAAGUGCCACAGCCACCUUUGCCAUGACCUUUUCCUCAUCCAUGUCUGUCGUUGAAUAUUACCUUCUGAAACGUUUCCCAGUUCCUUAUGCUCUCUACUUUGUUGCAGUCUCAGCCAUUGCUGCCCUUGUAGGGCAACAUGUGGUAAGAAAGGUGAUCGCAAUACUCGGGAGAGCAUCGUUGAUCAUCUUCAUUCUGGCUUCUACGAUUUUCGUUAGUGCUAUAUCACUAGGUGGGGUGGGCAUAGCAAAGAUAAUAGAAAAUAUUCAGCAGAAGGAGUAUAUGGGAUUUGAAAACAUCUGUACUUACGAAACAUAAUCUUGAACGUUUUCUCCCUCCUGUUAAAAUAAGGCAUGCUAAACCAUAUGAAUCUUCUUCUGUUUUUUUGGAUAGCUAAGAAAUUUAUUUUAAAAAAGUCAAGAAAAACAAAAUUUGGGUUUUUAAUAUUGGCGUAUUUCGGUGAUCAAAACAUGGGUUGUAACAUUUUAAACACCUACAUGUUUUGGUGUGAAAGUUAAGAUUUGGAGCUGGAUAUUAUAAUUGAACUCAGGUCAGCUAGCCUGUCUGCAAGCACCAUUCUGACGAAAUGCAUUCCAGAGGAAUUUCAAGGCCGACCCGAGAGCACCAUUAGCUGGAAGCAUCAGCUAAACGUCCUAACGCUGUAUAUUACAGAGGACUUCCAAAAUUCUACCAGAGAGCUCGGUCAGCAUGGCAUUCUGACGCCUUUGUAUUUUUAGCUGAAUAUUGCGAAAAAUGUUAGGGAUUGUGCCUUAAAGUCGAAUUAUUUUGUAUGACAUUUUAGUUUUAAUUAAAUAACGUUGUUUAUUUAUUGACUUA